AUGAUUCGACAAUUCGACGUUCUCGUCCAACAACGAUCGUCUAGUUACCGGCAAACAGCAACUUUCGGCGACAAGAUUGCGCAUCGCGAAAAAACCAUGGAUGUAGGCUCAUCUUCCGACGCCGAGUCCAUCAUGUCCAAAGCAAAAGACGGCUCCAGCCCCGCCAGCUCGCCGCCACCAGCCCGCUCGCCACAGGCACAAGGCAGCACCAAAGACGCAGCCACGGCCGAGACAAUAAACGAGGAUCAGCUCGUAAAGGAGGAGGAGCAAGCUCGCCUUGCCAAUAACCGGGCCGAGGAGAAGCGCCGGCAGACUGUCGCCCGUAAGCGUAGAACGCAAAAGGCGACGACCAAGGCCGAGCGCGAGGCGCAAGCAAGACAGCUCGACGAACUCCUUACAAAGAGCGCGGCAUUUAGCGACAUUUUGACCAAGAAGACGCAGGUCUUGGGGCGUGUUGGAAGUGGCCUGGACGGCCAGACUCUCGGUGAACAUGACUUGCAGAUGGCCACGCAACCAAAAUGCCUGGUUGGCGGCACCAUGCGUGAUUACCAGCUUGAAGGUCUAACUUGGAUGUUUGAGAUUUGCUCACAGGGCAUGAGCGGAAUUCUUGCCGACGAGAUGGGACUUGCUUUGCUUCGAGAGCAAGAAAACUACCUCGGGCCUCAUCUUAUCGUUGCGCCUCUAAGCACCUUAUCUAACUGGAUGGAUGAGUUUGACAAAUGGACCCCGUCCAUCCCCGUCGUCAUGUAUCACGGAACCCCAGAGCAACGCCAGCAAAUCUUUUCCAAGGAAAUAAUGAAGCACCUGCAAGCUGGUCGCCCGACCGAAAAAUUUCCUGUCGUAUGUACCUCAUACGAGAUGGUCCUCCAAGACAAAGCAUUUUUGUCGCGCAUCAAGUGGGAAUUCAUCAUUAUUAGUCAACAGGACGAAGGCCACCGCAUGAAGAAUGCCGAUGCCAAACUCUUCAAGGAGCUACAGCAGUUUACUUCUGCCACCCGUCUUCUCAUCACUGGUACGCCGCUGCAGAACAAUUUAAAAGAGCUGUGGUCUCUGUUGCACUUUCUGCUGCCCAACAUUUUCACAGACUGGGACUCGUUUGAAUCCUGGUUCGACUUCUCCGGGCUCGAGGACGAAGAAGGAACCCAGGAAUUUAUCCAAGACCAGAUGAAACAAGAUCUGGUGCGGAAAAUGCACCUGAUUCUGCAGCCUCUCUUACUCCGCCGCAUCAAGCAAGACGUCGCCGCCUAUCUACCUCAGAAGCGCGAAUAUGUGCUUUUCGCACCCAUGACCAAGGAGCAGACGGAUCUGUACAAUGUCUUUAGCAAUGCAGACAUUGAUCCGCGCGAAUUCCUCCAGAACAAGGUGGAAAGGCUAAUCAUGUCGGCGAAACCAACACGGCAAGAGCCCAAGAGCAACGGCAAGCAAAAGAAGAUUUCGCUUCCGGUCCGAGAGAGCCCUAGAAGUAAGCAAUCAGAUGCCAACAAGACAGAACCGCCGGCCGCGCCAAACGCUUUUGCUAGAAUGAUGGGCAAAGCUACUCUCCAAACGUCUUCCAAGCCAAAGCAAGAAAACGUCACACCGGUAAAGAGCGGCUCCAAGCGCAAGAGCCAAGUCGCUGCGGUGGCGGAACCCGAGUCGAAAAGCGCAAGGUCCAGUCGCGGCUCUACCCCAGCAUCGACACGCGGCCGCCCUCGAAAGUCUCAUACAUACAAGGAAGCCGACUCAGAAAAUGAAGACGAGCUCUCCGAUGCCGAAUUCGAGGCCAAGCUCGUUCAAGAGAUGGGCAGCGCCGAGGACUCCUACAGAGAGCCAGAUUCGAGAACGCCCGAGGAAAUUGAGCGCGCCGAGCGUCUUGAUCUAGCCAAAAAGCAAAUCGCCGCCAAGAAGCUCGGCAACGCCCACAUCCAGCAGCGGCUGGCGUGCAACAGCCCGCACAACUUUUACAACCCCGGGGCCGUGGCGACGGACACGCCCGUCGACGCGUCCAUUGUCACGUCCUCGGGCAAGAUGCUGCUCCUGGACCGGCUGCUGCGGCACCUGCUCGCGCGCGGGCACAAGGUGCUCCUCUUUUCGCAGUUCACGACGCAGCUCGACAUCCUCGAGGACUACUGCCGCGAGCUGCGCGGGUGGCCGGUGUGCCGCGUCGACGGCGGCGUGUCGCAGCCGUCGCGGCGCGCGCAGAUCCACGCCUUCAACACGGACCCCGCCCACCAGCUCUUCCUGCUGUCCACGCGCGCCGGCGGCCAGGGCAUCAACCUCGCCAGCGCCGACACCGUCGUCCUCUUCGACUCCGACUUCAACCCCCAGCAGGACCUGCAGGCCCAGGACCGCUGCCACCGCAUCGGCCAGCUGCGCCCCGUCAUCGUCUACCGCCUCGCCACCCGCGGCACCGUCGAGGAGCAGCUGCUCCUCGCCGCCGACGCCAAGCGCCGCCUCGAGAAGCUCGUCAUCCGCAAGGGCGGCUUCAAGAGCAUGGGCCAGAAGAUGAACGGCGCCGCCGCCGCCGCCGACGCCGCCAGGCUGGACGAGAAGACCCUCGAGCUGCUGCUGCUCAAGGACGGCCAGGUUUUUGAGACGACCGGUGGGGAGGACAUAUUGAGCGAGGCCGAUCUGAGCGUGCUGUGCGACCGGAGCGAUGCGGCGUAUGAAAAGGCGGCGAGUGGCGAGACGGAGGACGCCGAGGGCUACUGCGUCGUGGAGACAGGCUCGGACUCGAUCAAGAUGAACUUUAAAUCGAGCAAAGAAUAA